AUGUCGAGCGUUCGCAAUUUGAAGAGAGGCGUUGACCUCGUCACCGCUAGAGCGGCUGCCCUCCACGCACCCCGCGCCUCUAUCAGCUCCACAGUGCUGCGGCGGGAGCUAUCAUCUGCCUCGGUGCGCCCAGCUGCCCGCGCCCCCAGGCCUAGAGUUGCUUCCCCUGUGGGAAUUGCACAGGCUGAGCCCCAGGCUGUUCGAUAUGCGUCGAGCUCCAGCGAGCCGCUGCGCAAGACUCAGUUGUUUGACCUGCACGAGGCCCAUGGUGCCAAGAUGGUGCCUUUUGCCGGCUACUCCAUGCCCUUGCAGUACGCCGAUUUGAGCCAUGUAGAAAGCCACGCUUGGACUCGUGAGAAGGCCAGCAUCUUUGAUGUUAGCCACAUGGUGCAACACCACUUGAGCGGCCCUGGUGCUCUUGAAUUGCUGAUGAAGGUUACCCCGUCCUCCCUCGACAAGCUGGCUCCCAACACUUCUACUCUGUCCUGCCUUCUUGAAGAAGGAACCGGUGGUAUCUACGAUGAUACUGUCAUUACCCGCCGUGGCGAAGACAAAUUCUACUUUGUGACCAAUGCCGGCCGCCGCACUGAGGACCUCGCCUUCCUCAAGGCCGAGAUUGAUGCCUACCGCUCCAAGCACGGUGCCGACAGUAUCAAGUGGGACGUCCUCGAGGACCGCGCUCUGAUUGCCCUCCAAGGACCCAAGGCGGCUGCCGCUCUCCAGCCUCUCAUCAAUUCUGCCAACGCCUCCGCCGACCAGACUGACCUGAGCACCCUCUACUUCGGCAACUGCCGUGAUCUGCACAUCACUCUAGCCGACGGCAGCGCAAGCGCAGAGCCUCUAUUGAUCUCCCGUACUGGCUACACCGGCGAAGAUGGCUUCGAGAUCUCUAUUCCUACUGCCGCCGACGCCACUCUUCCCCAGCAGGUUAUCAACCUGCUUCUGAAAGACAAAGACACCGUCCGCCUUGCCGGACUGGCUGCUCGUGACUCCCUCCGUCUUGAGGCCGGCAUGUGUCUGUACGGCCACGACAUCACCACCGCCCAGACUCCCCCCGCCGCUGCCCUCGGCUGGGUCGUUGGCCGCGACCGCCGUGACCCUGCCACCGCGAACUUUAACGGAGCUUCCGUCAUCCUCUCACAGCUCGCUAGCCCGAAGACCAUUCCACAGCGCCGUGUGGGUCUGACCGUGGAGAAGGGUUCCCCAGCCCGCGAGGGAUCUACUGUCCUUGACCUGACCGAUCCCGCCAAUCCCGUCGAAAUCGGCAUCGUGACCUCCGGUCUGCCCAGCCCCUCGCUCGGCGGCACCAACAUCGCCAUGGCCUAUGUCAACACCGGAUUCCACAAGAAGGGAACCGAGGUUGGCGUGAAGGUGCGCAACAAGGUGCGCAAGGCUACCGUUGUUGGUAUGCCCUGGGUUGAGAGCAAGUUUCACCGCCCAUGA